GCCGCGGCGCGCGAGCGGCGCCCAGGCCGGGAUGUGCGCGGAGCCCCGCGCCUGCCCGCCCGCCGCCCGCCGCCCUCGCCCGCCCGCGCCGCUGGGGCGCUGACCCGCCCCGGCCUCCCGCCCGCCUCCACCGGCAGCGCCAUGGCGGCCCCCAGCAGCAUCGUGCCCGUCAUGGCGAGUAAAACCAAGACCAAGAAAAAGCACUUCGUGGCGCAAAAAGUGAAGUUGUUCCGGGCGAGCGACCCGCUGCUCAGCGUCCUCAUGUGGGGGGUCAACCACUCGAUUAAUGAACUGAGCCAUGUUCAAAUCCCUGUUAUGUUGAUGCCAGAUGAUUUCAAAGCAUACUCAAAGAUAAAGGUGGACAAUCACCUUUUCAACAAAGAAAACAUGCCAAGUCAUUUCAAAUUUAAGGAAUAUUGUCCAAUGGUUUUCCGCAAUCUAAGAGAGAGGUUUGGAAUUGAUGACCAGGACUUUCAGAAUUCAUUGACAAGGAGUGCACCCCUUGCCAAUGAUUCCCAAGCACGCAGUGGUGCCCGCUUUCAUACAUCUUACGACAAAAGAUAUAUCAUCAAAACCAUAACAAGUGAAGAUGUAGCAGAAAUGCACAACAUACUGAAGAAAUACCAUCAGUUUAUUGUGGAAUGUCAUGGGAAUACACUUCUUCCCCAGUUUUUGGGCAUGUACCGGCUUACUGUUGAUGGAGUUGAAGUAUAUAUGAUUGUUACAAGGAAUGUGUUCAGCCAUCGUUUAUCUGUUUAUAGAAAAUAUGAUCUAAAGGGCUCUACUGUGGCUCGAGAAGCCAGUGACAAAGAAAAGGCCAAAGAGCUGCCGACAUUCAAAGACAAUGAUUUUAUUAACGAUGGCCAAAAGAUUCAUAUUGACGAGAAUAACAAAAAGAUGUUCCUUGAGAAACUGAAAAAGGAUGUUGAGUUCCUUGCUCAGUUAAAACUCAUGGACUACAGCUUGCUGGUUGGAAUUCAUGAUGUUGAAAGAGCUGAACAGGAAGAAGUAGAGUGUGAAGAGAAUGAUGGAGAAGAGGAAGGUGAAAGUGAUGGAACUCACCCCAUUGGAACCCCUCCAGACAGUCCUGGAAACACUCUGAACAGCUCACUGCCUUUGGCUCCAGGGGAAUUUGAUCCAGCUAUUGAUGUUUAUGGAAUAAAAUCCCAUGAAAACGCACCUCGGAAGGAAAUAUACUUUAUGGCCAUUAUUGACAUUCUUACUCAUUAUGAUGCAAAAAAGAAAGCUGCCCAUGCUGCAAAAACAGUAAAGCAUGGGGCUGGUGCAGAAAUUUCAACUGUUAAUCCUGAACAGUAUUCAAAGCGCUUCUUGGACUUUAUUGCCAACAUCUUGACGUAACCUCUCAUGUUACAUAGGACAGACACAAGACCUGGGGACAGCAGCAAUGGCUACAAGUGUAGGGAAGAAAAGGAACUCACAGAAGCGCUCAUCUUGCAGAAAGCAACCCCUUUGUUUACAUCUGCUGGCAAAGAUGACUGAAGUGGGGUGGAGUACUCGCUUUAACAGCUGCCUGAUAUUCCCAGCAUAGUUCUAGCUAUUCUGACUCUUUUGUGUGUGCAAAAAAAAAACCUUAAAAUAAAUUAAAUAAAUAGAACAGCUUACUCAGAGUGCACUGUGACAGUAAUACUCUGAUGCUACCAGCUGAAAUGGAAUAAAUGAGCAAAGAGGUGUGGGGUGGGGGUGGGGAAGAGUAAAUGCAUGUUAAAUCUACAAUAUUGAUAUCAAAUUGUAAACUGUGGAUCAGUUUAUUUUUUGAACUAAAAAGAUACAUGACAGUAUUCUUCAUGAUAAUGACAGUAAUAAUAAAAACCUUACUGCGAAUGUUACACUUACACCCUGCACACUGGCACUCCUUAAUAAAGCAGCUGCAACAGCCCUUGGUGCCGGAGGCUUUUCCAAUUCGGUUCCUAGCAGUUGGGGUUUUUUUCCCGUUUUUUCCCUCCCUUUUCCCUCCUUUUUCCGUUUUUGUCGUCUUUUCAGCACAUUACAUCAGGAAGUUCAGCCUCUCAGACAUGUGAGAGCCGGCGUCUCUUACAAAGAACUAACAUAAUUCAUGCUACGUGUACGUUUUUGCUACAGUAAACUUACGUUAAGGGAAGACUUUGCUUAUUUCACUUUGUUAUCUGAAGUUUUCAUUUGUUUUAUAUUAUUGCAAUAUAGGAACUAAUAAUGUUACAAGUGGGAAAAAAAAGCUUAUCUGAAGAGGCACAUAGUUUUGGGCAAUAGUUAGCUCCAUCUUUUCACCUAUAGUGAAAGAUGUGCAGACUGAUAGAAAUUUACUGGGAAUUUGAAGUUUAAAUGCUUAUGUUGUACUGUUGAAACAGCGGUGUUUUAUUAUAGAUUAUCCCUUUAAAAAUGAACCCUGAAUUUUACUGUUUACAUUAUUAGGAAAGCAGGGAUAUUUCUGAAUUUCAGAGCCGUGUACAAUACAUGACUUUUGAGUUUACAUGUAAAGUUAUUUUGCAGUACAAAUGAAGUAAAGUUUGUCAUCUUCCAAGGUGUAAUGUGCAGUAGUGUACUAAAGUGAAUGUCUCGCUCACCUCCGUAAUGGACUCUUUUACAAUAAAAUGAGAAAGGAUAUUUCA